AAUCCAAAAACUCAAAAACAAAGCAUACAGAAGAAAAGAGAGCGUCUUCUCCUGAAUUAUUCAGUCGCUUUCGAGAUGAAUUCUACAAGCAAGGCAUGGUCGGUGGCAGCAAGUAUUGGAGUUGUGGAGACACUAAAAGAUCAAUUAGGCGUUUGUCGGUGGAACUACGUCCUCCGUUCAAUGAAUCAACAUCUUCGGAAUAACAUCAGAUCCAUUUCUCAGACCAGAAAUGUUUCCUCCUCCUCAUCGUCAGCCGCCACCGCAUCCUUCGGUAAAACGAAGCAGGCUGAGGAGCCGCUCAGGAUGGUCAUGUACUUGAGCUGUUGGGGUCCAAACUAGGUUUCAAGAAACCUAUUUGAUGGAUGGUUUGGUCCAAGCCUAUAAUAUAAGAGUAGAGAUGCAAAAAGAUGGUUAAUUGUAUUACCCCCAUCUUACUUGUAUAUAACAAUGUUCUUAAGCCUUAAAGGCUAAGUUACUCAAUCUGAAUAGACUUAAAAAUCAUUUACGGAACUAA